AUGGCCGAGAGACAGGGAAUGGUCGAUCCGGCCAUCUUCGAGCAGCUUCAGGAGCGCGUCGAUCAAGACUCCAACGUGCGCGAGGAGCUCCGCGAUAUCAUCCAGACCCUGGAGAAGCACGGCACGUCAAAUUCAACCUGCCUAUUUGUCGCAUGUGCUAAUUCCUCGCAGGCCGCUCCGCGCAUGCCUGCUGUUGUCACCGCCGCCGAGAGCGCCAUCCGCCUGGAGAUCGAGGCUGUCCAGAAGCUCGCCGAGGCUGCCAGCAAGCAUCCGUACUACAAGUUCAAUGGCAUUUGGUCUCGCCAGGUUCAGGACACUAUCUUCACGAUUCUGUACUGUGGCUACCUGGGAGGCUUUGUGCCCGAGGGUAGCGAUGCCAAGCCUGGCCGUUUGUUGACGAUUGAGGAAGUUGGAGGCAUCAUGAACGUACCCGUCAAUCUCAAGGACAAAGAUGCGUUCCACAUUACCAUCGAAGAGUACCUGCAGGCCCUGAUCUCCUUGAUUGAAGAACUGGCCCGCCUCGCGCGCAACUCGGUCACGCUCGGAGACUACAAGCGCCCGAUGCAGAUUUCCCAAUUCAUCAAGGACGUCCACGCCGGUUUCCAGAUUCUCAACCUCAAGAACGACUCUCUGAGAAGGCGCAGCGAUGCCAUCAAGUACAAGGUCAAGGAGGUCGAGGAUGUUGUCUACGAUCUAUCUCUGAGGAACCUGGUGCCUUCGGACAGCAGCUGA